CGCCUGGCUCGCCCCUCCCUGAGGGCUCGGCCCGGUCCCACCGCGCCGGCGUCGCGCGCCAGCCCGGUUCCUGCCGCCGAAGGCAGAAAAAUGGCUCAGGAGACUAACCAGACCCCAGGGCCCAUGCUGUGUAGUACAGGAUGUGGCUUUUAUGGGAAUCCUAGGACAAAUGGAAUGUGUUCUGUUUGCUACAAAGAACAUCUUCAGAGGCAGCAGAAUAGUGGCAGAAUGAGCCCAAUGGGGACAGCUAGUGGUUCCAACAGUCCUACCUCAGAUUCUGCAUCUGUACAAAGAGCAGAUGCUAGUUUAAACAACUGUGAAGGUGCUGCUGUCAGCACAUCUGAAAAAUCAAGAAAUGUGCCUGUGGCUGCCUUGCCUGUAACUCAGCAAAUGACAGAAAUGAGCAUUUCAAGAGAGGACAAAAUAACUACCCCGAAAACAGAGGUGUCAGAGCCAGUUGUCACUCAGCCCAGUCCAUCAGUUUCUCAGCCCAGUACUUCUCAAAGUGAAGAAAAAGCCCCUGAGUUGCCCAAACCAAAGAAGAACAGAUGUUUCAUGUGCAGAAAGAAAGUUGGCCUUACAGGGUUUGACUGCCGGUGUGGAAAUUUGUUUUGUGGACUUCACCGUUACUCUGACAAGCACAACUGUCCAUAUGAUUACAAAGCAGAAGCUGCAGCAAAAAUCAGAAAAGAGAAUCCAGUUGUUGUGGCUGAAAAAAUCCAGAGAAUAUAAAUUACUACUUGUGAAGAGACUGAUAACUUUGUUUUUAUUUUAAUAUAUCGUAGGAAAACAUUAAAGAGCAGAUGCAUGGCCAUUUUC